AUGGCUUCAUUUUCACUUCAGAAACUCUGCAAAUUCUCUUUGUUUUUUCUAGUUUUUGUCUCGGUCACCGUCGCCACUGCUUCUUUUCAGUUCAAAGUUGGUGGGGAUAAAGGUUGGACAAAACCAAGGGCGAGGCUGACAACUGGAAAAUCCGAAACUUACAACGAAUGGGCCUCCAGGAACCGCUUUCACGUUGGGGAUUCACUUUAUUUCGAGUACAACAAUGACUCGGUGUUGGUGGUGGACUCUACAAGCUACACCAACUGCAAUGUUGCUGAUCCUAUCUUUAAGUUGAAAGACGGCGAAAGGGUUUUCGUAUUCGACCGGUACGGGUUCUUCUACUUCAUCAGUGGGGAGCUAGGUCACUGUCAAGCCGGUCAGAAACUGAUCGUUCGAGUAAGGGUGCACCCUGUGGCUUCGAUCAGCUCUCCUCGGCCGGCACCGUCGCCUAUGGAAAACGAUUACGGGGAUGGUUGGGACUCGUUUUGGGGGGCUCAGCCGCAAAAUUCGACCAUCAAGCAGACGGUUGCAUCAUAUUUCAUGACGGCUCUCGGAGGAGUGCUGGUUAUGAUGUAUUUGCUGAUGUAG